AUGGUUUCAAGAAAUUACAAGCCAAGUAUGGAAAAGUCUAGUAUUGAUUUGAAUCGUGAAACAACAUCGAUAUCUAUCUCUGAAACCCAACCUGAACAUGGUGUUGAAGGGUUGGAAAAUGUAUUUCUACACAAUGAAGAUGAAUCAAGGCAUAAAGGUAAAGUCAAAUGGAGCAAGGAAGCCACUAUACUUCUGAUAAGUGGAUGGCUUAAUACAUCUAAGGAUGCCAUUGUGGAGAAUGACCAAACUUCUACACAUUUCUGGGCUCGGAUGGCAGAAUACUACAACACCAACCAAAAAGGCUCGCAAGCAAGAACUGGAAGGCAAUGCAAAGAUCAUUGGAACAAGAUGAAUCAAAAGGUCGCGUGUUUCAAUGGGUGUUAUAAACGAGUACAACAUGCACAUCACAGUGGUUGGUCCGAUGAGAGAAUUCUUGAGAAUGCACAUCAAUUGUACAAAUAUGAAAAUAACAACUCAAAUUUUCUGCUUGUGGACUGUUGGAGAUUGUUAAAGGAUGAGCCGAAAUGGAAUACAAUGUACCAACCAAAAGGUGACAUCAGUGAUGGUGAAGUAUGUGAAGUGCGCCUUACUGGCCAAAAGGCAGCAAAGAGAAAAUGGAAGGAAAAAAAAGACACACAUACUAGAUUUAUAGAGAUUAGUGAACGGAAAGCAUCUGAAUUGGAGAAAUUGGUGGCGAUAAAGGAGAAAGAGACAGAAGAUAAUAGGAUGACAAAAUACGUGGAUUAUCUCAUCAUGGACACGUCGCACAUGACUCCUGAACAAAAGAAAGAUCAUGAAAACGUGUACAAUAUGAGUCUAGAGGAUAUCAUAAUUGCAGAGUGUACUGACGAUCAUGAUGAUCAAUAUUUCAAAGCGCUCAUGGAUGGGGGUAGCUCAACAAGACAAGGAAGAAAGAGAGCCCACAUUGAUAGGGGUCAUGUAGAAGGACACCAACGUUUGUUCGAUGACUACUUUUCUGAUGAACCGGUGUAUACAGAAUAUGAAUUUCGAAGAAGAUUUAGAAUGCGUAGACAUGUAUUCCUACGCAUAGUGCAAGCUUUAGAAAAUCGUUCGGAGUAUUUCCAUAUGAGGUUUGAUGCAAUCGGUAGAAGGGGGAUUUCGCCAUUACAGAAGUGCACUGCUGCUAUGCGAAUGUUGGCAUAUGGAGCGCCUGCCGAUUAUGUUGAUGAGUAUGUUCGAAUUGGUGAAACUACCGCUAUUGAAUGUCUAUUCAAUUUCGUUCGAGGAUUGAAUGAUAUUUUUGGGACUUAA